AUGAAGUUAAACUUACAUCUUCAAACUCGUAAAAAAAAGUUUAUUGAUAUACAAUAUGAUGAUCAAACAUUAGUAAAGAAAAUGGUAGAUAGUCUUUUAGAGGAUAAUUUUGUGCCAAUGAUAAACAAUGUAAAAUUGUUUUCAAAAGAUUUAGUUGUGCUGAUUCACGACGAUACUGUUAUAAGUGGUGAUAGUGACAAUACUUUGAAACAGUCAAAUAUUGUAGAUGGUGAACAUAUCUACUUAUUAGAGAGAUCAGCAUACUUUGAAGCCGGCACAAUGAAGCUUUUUAUUAAACCUGUAGUAGACGGUAAUCAUUUUACAUUAGAUAACAUCUCAAGUUCACAGACAAUGUAUUCAGUUGCAAAAUUAAGACAAUCAUCAGAUUCAUCACACCAAAUAAACAAAUGUGCAUUGUUUAGUGUUUUGACAGAGUUUGGUGGUCUCAGUGAUGUUAACAUACCAAAGGAGGAUCUAAAGAUGAUUACACCAAACAUCAGAUCGUUUUCUUGUCAUACUGGAUCGCGUGCUUAUGAAUAUAUGGUUGAAAAUGGAAUGGAUUCACUCAAGUAUUUGAAAUAUCAACCAAUCCAGUUUAUAGCAAACGCUAUCGUUUUAAAUUACCUAGGUAGUUUAGCAAAAGUCAAAAACCUUAAAGUCAUGGAGCUUUACUCAAGUUGCUCAGUAGAUUCAUUCAAUAGAAUCGAAACUCUUUUACAAGUGCAACAAAAACUUCAAUCUUUACAGGAUUUCCAGCAAACCAAGUAUUAA